AUGCAGCAUCCACUGCCCGGCCUCCAGCAUUCGGGGUCGGUUUACACGACAUCAAAUGGCGCUCCUGUGAAGAACCCGAGCGCGUUUCAAAGAGUCGGGCAGAAUGGACCACUUCUCUUACAGGACUUCCAUCUUAUCGACCUCCUUGCGCACUUUGACCGUGAGCGUAUUCCCGAGAGAGUUGUGCACGCCAAGGGCGCUGGCGCUUAUGGUGAAUUUGUUGUCACGCAUGAUGUCUCGGACCUGACUUCUGCGUCUAUGCUCAAUGCCGUUGGCAAGAAGACUCGUGCUUUGGUGCGCUUCUCCACUGUUGGAGGAGAAAAGGGCUCACCUGACUCGGCGCGUGAUCCGCGAGGGUUUGCCAUCAAGUUCUAUACGGAAGAAGGAAACUGGGACUGGGUAUUCAACAACACACCGGUCUUCUUUUUGCGCGACCCUGCCAAUUUCCCGACGUUCAUCCAUACGCAAAAGCGGAAUCCGCAGAGUAACCUCAAAGAUGCUGAUGCAUUUUGGGAUUACCUGUCCACUCAUCAAGAAUGUACUCAUCAAGUAAUGCAUUUGUUUUCGGAUCGAGGAACGCCGUAUUCCUACCGACACAUGAAUGGGUAUUCCGGCCACACAUUCAAGUGGACGAAGCCAGAUGGGUCGUUCGUUUAUGUUAAAAUACACCUAAAGACGAAACAGGGCAACAAGACGUUUACAGGUACCGAAGCCUCGAAGAUGGAGGCGGAAAACCCAGACUGGCAAACUCAAGAUUUAUUCAAAGCUAUCCAAAAGGGAGAUUUCCCCAGCUGGGAUGUUUAUGUUCAAGUUUUAACACCUGAACAAGCCGAGGGCUUCAAAUGGAAUAUCUUCGAUCUCACCAAAGUUUGGCCUCAGAAAGAUGUUCCUCUCAGGCCAUUUGGCAGGCUGACUCUGAACCAAAAUGCUGACAACUACUUUGCGGAGAUCGAGCAAGCCGCUUUCUCGCCCUCGCAUCUUGUUCCGGGUGUGGAGCCAUCGGCUGAUCCGGUUCUCCAAUCCCGACUAUUCUCGUAUCCCGAUACACACCGUCACCGGCUAGGCGUAAAUUAUCAACAGAUCCCGGUGAACCAACCGUUGCGAGCUUUUAACCCAUUCCAACGCGAUGGGGCCAUGGCCGUGAAUGGAAACCAUGGAGCUCUCCCGAACUAUCCCAGCUCCUCUCGUCCGUUAAUCUAUUCUUCCGUAUCAGAACAAAGCCGUGCUCAUGAACGCUGGACUGGCCAAGUAGUUUCAGACGUCUUCUCUGAAGUCAAGCCCAAAGAUUUCGAGCAAGCCAAUGGCUUGUGGAGGGUACUGGCUAAGACGACCGGCCAGCAAGCCAACUUUGUCCAGAACGUAGCGGGUCAUCUUUGCAACGCACAGAAGAGCAUCCGUGAGCGAACUUACGGCAUGUUUUCACGGGUCAACAGCGAUCUGGGGCGCCUGAUUCAAGUGGAAACUGAGAAGCGGACCAAGUGA